GCACAGGUCUUCAGUUCGCCUCUCUCUUCCUCUGGCUCUCAGGGCCCUGCUUAACUCUUACAUUUUCCCUUGGCCAAGCUCUCUCACCAUGAAUAGACAAGUCAGCAAGAUAUCUGGUGGUGGGAGCCAGGGCUUCUCUGGCCGCUCCGCCGUGGUCUCCGGCAGCAGCAGGCUGAGCUGUGUGGCCCGCACGGCGGGAGCCGGAGGAGGGGCCUUUGGGUUCCGGAGCGGAGUGGGUGGCUUUGGCAGUCGCAGCCUCUACAACCUGGGUGGCAGCAAGAGCAUCUCCAUCAGUGUGGCUGGUGGAUCCCGGGCUGGUGGCUUUGGGGGAGGGCGCAGCAGCUGUGUCAGUGGCUUUGGAGGUGGCUACGGAGGUGGAUUUGGUGGUGGCUUUGGUGGUGGCAGAGGACUGGGAGGUGGCUUUGGAGGGGCUGGUGGCUUUGGAGGAGUAGGUGGCUUUGGAGGGGCUGGUGGCUUUGGAGGAGCAGGUGGAUUUGGUGGGCCUGGUGGUUUUGGUGGGCCUGGUGGCUUUGGCCCUGGUGGCUUCCCUGGGGGAAUCCAGGAAGUGACUGUCAACCAGAGCCUCCUGCAGCCCCUCAAUGUGGAGAUCGACCCCCAGAUUGGGCAAGUAAAGGCCCAGGAGCGGGAGCAGAUCAAGACCCUCAACAACAAGUUCGCCUCCUUCAUCGACAAGGUGCGGUUCCUGGAGCAACAGAACAAGGUCCUGGAAACCAAAUGGAGCCUGCUCCAGCAGCAGGGCACCAAUUCCGUCACAGGCACCAACAACCUUGACCCCAUUUUUGAGAACUAUAUCAACUCCCAGCGGAACUACCUGGACAGCAUCCUGGCAGAGAGAGGCCGCCUGGACUCAGAGCUGAGGAACAUGCAGGACCUGGUGGAGGACUUCAAGAAGAAAUAUGAGGAUGAAAUCAACAAGCGUACGGCUGCUGAGAAUGAUUUUGUGACCCUGAAGAAGGACGUGGAUGCUGCCUACAUGAACAAGGUGGAGCUUCAGGCCAAGGUGGAUGCCUUAAUGGACGAGAUCAAUUUCUUGACGACCCUCUAUGAUAUGGAACUGUCCCAGAUGCAGAGCCAUGUCAGUGACACGUCCGUUGUCCUGUCCAUGGACAACAACCGCUCCCUAGACCUGGACAGCAUCAUCGCCGAGGUCAAGGCCCAGUAUGAGGAGAUCGCCAACCGCAGCCGGGCUGAGGCCGAGGCCUGGUACCAGACCAAGUUGGGUGAGCUGCAGACCACAGCUGGCAGGCACGGGGAUGAUCUGAAGAACACCAAGAGUGAGAUCUCGGAGCUCAACAGGCUGAUCCAGCGGCUGCGGGCAGAGAUUGAGAACAUCAAGAAGCAGAAUGCUAAACUGCAGUCCGCCAUUGCCGAAGCUGAGCAGCGUGGGGAGCUGGCCCUCAAGGAUGCCAAUGCCAAACUCCAAGAGCUUCAGGCUGCCCUACAGCAGGCCAAGGAUGACCUGGCCCGGCUGCUGCGUGACUACCAGGAGCUGAUGAAUGUCAAGCUGGCCCUGGACGUGGAGAUCGCCACCUACCGCAAGCUGCUGGAGGGCGAGGAGUGCAGGUGA